AUGUCCAAGUCCAAAGUUUUUCCGAUUAGUCUUUUACUCGUAAUUUUCGUAAUCGUAGUUCAGACUUGCGUUGUACCUGUUAAUGUAAAGUGUGGUGGUGGUGGCGGCGGGGGUUGUGGUUGCGGUAAUGGUGGUUAUUGCUGCUGUUGUGGAGGUUGUGGCGGUGGAGGUUGUGGAUGUGGUGGAUGCGGUGGAUGCGGUGGAUGCGGUGGAUGUGGUGGAUGCGGUGGAUGCGGUGGAUGCGGUGGAUGCGGUGGUUGCGGAGGGCAUAUGUUAUGCGGUAGCAUUAAAGGUUGCAUUUGUUAA